AUGAUCCAACAAAGAAAAGGCCCAAGUGUCAAAAAGAGGCGGAGCCUCGGCCCGAGUUCCAAACCGCCUCCCAAACACUUCAUUUUGGCCCAAGUCGGCUCUCCCGAGCUGUUCCUCCUUCUUCUUUCUAUUCUUUUUGAAAGUUCUGUUCUCUCUUCCAUUUCCUUCUGUGGUUGUAUUUUCAUGUAUAAGUUAUCCUUAAUAUCAUAAAUCGCCUUUUUUCUUCUUGCCAGACUGAUCUUUUAUAAAAGAUCCAUUUCCUACUGAUCUAAAACUUUUCAAAGGUCCCCUUUGAUUUUUAAAUCGCAAAAUUUGCAAUUCAGCUCACCUUUUCUCAGAUUUUCAAGGCUUCUUUUUUCGUUCCACAGCUGUUUUUAUUUCAUAACUCUCUCUUUUUGGAUUUUUCCUAACACUAAAACUUUUCCAGACGGAAACAUGUACCACUUCAACUUCUCCGAGGAAAUCCCCUACGACGAGGAACGCCUGAGGGAACUGCACGAGAUCCGCGUCAACGUCCGUUUUGAAACCGUAAGUCUCCAAGUCCUUUAUUCUCACUUUUGAUAUUUCUUUUUUCAGUUGAAGUUCAAAGAAAAUCUGCGCCGGAAGAUGGUCGAUUUGGGAGAGAUCAACGAGGUACGGGUUUAUUUCAGUUGAGAAAUAAUGAUUUUUGUGCCAAAUUGAGGACAUCUUUCUGACUUGAAGUUUAAUUUUAGGCUUUUUUUCAGAUAUGUUCCACCCAAUUACGUCCAAUUUUUAAGUUUGUUCACCGCUGACUAUAACUGCUCCAUUAGAAGCAUCCAAACUUUUUUCCAUACUAUUUAUUCAAAACAAAUUCUUUCCCUCAGAAAAAUUGACUCAAGCUAGAGGUGAUGUGACUAGAUAUUAAGAAUAAAGUAGGAGCACUGAAAAAUCUAAAAAAUAGAAUUAGAAGUAUUUUUGCACCUCCGUUGCUCUUCUCAUUAGAUCUGAUACAAAAAUCGAAAAAAAGUCUAAAGCCAUAAUCCCAGUGUCUAGUUUGCUCCACCAGAAUACAGUAAUACCCUUCCAUUUUAGGACAAAAAUACGAUCUCACAGUUGCAACUGUUCUAAACUCUACCCAAUUUACAGAAAGAGUUCUUCGAGAUGACGCGCCGCGCAGAAGUCGACGCCUUCUACCCGCCUUCUGAAGAAGACACGCAGACGGUGUACUUAUGGCCGAUGAGAUCGGACGAAGGAGAGAGAGAAGAUCCGGAACUGGCGGCUCUCGCCGAAGAAGAACGAUGCCGAAGCCCGCAACCGACUAUGAACGAGUUGGAUUCGCUCUACGAGGACGACGAGGAGCUGGCUCUGGAGGGAAAGGUCCCGAUUUCGCGUGGGCCAAUGACGCCGCCGCCAGAAACUCCCGAACCGACGUUCGAUUUUGUGCCAUUGUUCUUCAACCCUGAUGCGCCUCCCACUUUUGAAAUGGCUUCUUCGAUGGCAGCUUACGCCUCGGAAGUCAUCGCUUCGGAGGCUGAGAAGGCUAGAAAUGGCCGUCUUUUCAGCGACACUGCUGAAUAUUCUCAGCUGUGCGAAAGGGUAACCGAAUCUUAUAUCUGA